CGCCGCGGCGGGCGGUGCUUUCUGGGCUGCCGGGUUUCCACUCCGCGGAGCUCGCCGAGCCCAGUUGUUCCACUUCCGCCGCUCUGCCCGCCGAAGCCGAGGAGCGAGGCCGAGCAAGCCGCCGCCGCCCCGCUGCCGGGGCGCGUCCUCCUCCCUCCCUUCCUCGCCUUUCCUCCGACUCGAGCCGGUCGCCCCGGGCUUCGCGCUGCCGAGCCCGCAGCCCGCAGCGCGGCCGACAUGAGCUUCUUGUUUGGUAGUCGCUCUUCUAAAACUUUUAAACCAAAGAAGAACAUCCCAGAGGGGUCUCACCAGUAUGAGCUCUUAAAGCAUGCAGAGGCCACACUUGGCAGUGGCAACCUCCGGAUGGCUGUCAUGCUUCCUGAGGGAGAGGAUCUAAACGAGUGGGUUGCAGUUAACACUGUGGAUUUUUUCAAUCAAAUCAAUAUGCUUUAUGGAACCAUCACAGACUUCUGUACAGAGGAGAGCUGUCCGGUGAUGUCAGCUGGACCAAAAUAUGAGUAUCACUGGGCAGAUGGAACAAACAUAAAAAAGCCCAUUAAGUGCUCUGCACCAAAGUAUAUUGAUUACCUGAUGACUUGGGUUCAGGACCAGCUGGAUGAUGAGACAUUAUUUCCAUCAAAAAUUGGUGUUCCAUUCCCGAAGAAUUUCAUGUCAGUGGCAAAAACAAUACUCAAACGACUCUUUAGAGUUUAUGCUCACAUUUAUCAUCAACAUUUUGACCCUGUGAUCCAGCUUCAGGAGGAAGCACAUCUCAAUACAUCUUUCAAGCACUUUAUUUUUUUUGUUCAGGAGUUCAACCUCAUUGACAGAAGAGAACUUGCACCACUCCAAGAGCUGAUUGAAAAACUCACCUCAAAGGACAGAUAGAAGGAUGAAAAGCUGUGCAAAUCUUCCUCAAUUGGAGCUGUGUGGAGUAUAUUUGGAUGUUGUAUUUCGUUUUUAUCUAGAUUGUUUCUGUUCUAGGUUUGGGGGCUUGCUUGGGUUCCCUUUUCUCUUCUGAAUAUAUAAAAUCAUACUCUGCUACUAGAGGAGGCCAAAAACCAUUCUCUGCUGUUGAAAAGGGCAGGUUUUGUCUUAGUGGAGUACAGUGUUUUUUAUAUCUUAUUUUUAUUAGCCUAGUUUUGGUUAUUUGAGGACUUUCUAUGAUACUGUACGCUGGAAACAAGUAAUAACUGACUGAAAUGCUGAUGGAUUGGAUACUGCGUUGUGUAAAUUGUGGCCCACUUUCAAGUCCCUAAAAAAGACUUCGUGUUUUUAAGUGCCUUGAUAGGCUCACUUCUGAGGUGCAGAGCACAGAUACAGGACUGAACAGAGCUAGAAACAAUAUUGGAAUUUCUAUCUAGGGCACUUGCUUGUGCAUGUUGUAAAGUAAUCUGUUAUAAAAGCCAUAAUUUACUCAAAUUGAUGAUGUCCAGCUUUUACUACAUUGAAAAAAACAUAAUUUGUAAAGUUGUGCAUGUAGAAUAUCAAUGUAAAACAACAAAAAUGAUUUCUUAAUUAUUUUUGACAUAAUUUGUAAAGGUGUGCAUGUAGAAUAUCAAUGUAAAACAACAAAAUUCUUAAUUAUUUUUGAUAUUGACUAAUAUAUUCUGUUCAACAGAUGUUUAAAGUUCUACAAGCAGGUCUUUUUCCAUCUCUUAAUAUCUGUGAUAUUGAAACGUGAGGAUGUUGAAAUGUGAUAGUUAUUGCAUUUCGGCUCCUUUCUACAUGUAAGUGCACUGUAAGUGUAAAACUUCAGGUUAUAUAUAGAAUUGCCAUCUUCAGAAAGGAUGCUGAACUGUGAGGCUUCCUAGCAAUUGCCAAAUGAGCCGUAAGUGCAGAGUCCCCUUGUACUUCACAGAGGAAAGGUAAAUGGGAACGGUGGCCGCAGGCAUUAGUUUGUUUGGGAAAUUAGAGGAAGGAUUAAGGUGUGGGAGUCAUAUUCUAGAAAGUCCUGUUUUAAAACCCUGGAAUGGAACGUGUCUAUUACUUAUAAACAGAGUCUUGGAGACUUCCUUUUAGAAAUCAGCUUCCAUGAGAAGUUAAAAAUGAAUAGUUUUAGGUACAGACAUUAAACAUGGAAUUUAACAACUAUUUGGGGAAAUUAAUCACUUUUUAGCAUUUCCAUUCAGUGAAUGGAGCUAGUAUUUGCCUGUCAUUUUAAAUGAUAUACUACCUUGAUUAUUGGUGCAGAUUGAAGCAUCCUGACUUCUUAAUUUUUCACUGUGAAAUAUUUUUUCUUUUCAGUGAUUCCAAGUAAUGAAAAUGCUAGCUUGGUAGUUAAUGACAAAGUUUAGUUGACACAACAUUCUGUUCUUUUAUCAUUAUCAAUUAUAAGUUCAGGAUUUGGUUUUUAGAAUAAUUAUUGAGAUUUGCUCCCUUUCAGUUUUGUUCUUGAGAAAUACUCCUUUUCAACUCGGAGUAUUAAUUUUGUCAGUGUGGAUAAGUCUGUUUCCCUCAAUAUUUUCAUAUUCUCUCUCUUGUUAGAGACACAUGCCUUUCUCCUAGUAAAAUAGAAAUGCUUUCUCUGAAUUUUUAUGCAAAUACUUGGUAGAAAAGAGUAUAAAGAUUAAGUAAAUUUGGUUUUGUCAUUAAUAAGUAGACAGUGAUACAAUUGAAUGCCCUUGCGAUUGUGAUCACUAGGAACUGCCUUUUUCUCCAUUUCCUUUCUGUAAUGGCAGUUACUUACCAAGUACCAAUAAAAAAAGGAACAAAAGAACUUGGAAAAGGUAACAUGGGCAUUUAUUAGUGAUGCUUAUUUAUGAACUGACAGCUAGCUGAUUUUCUUAAAAUUAUAUUUUAGUAUCUAAAUAGAUAAUGCCAAUCAAUAUAGGUUGCUUCAGAAUCCUGAUGUUUGAAUCCUCUCUGUACAGGAAGUGAAACACUAAUUCCUUAUUGAAAUAGUCUUCCAUAGUAUAUUUGACUUCAUACCCUGUAACAAGGGGCUUUCAUAGCAGCAGCAUGUGGAGAGAGGAGUGAGAGGUUGUUUCAGGUCUUUUAAGCCUUACAUAUAGUACGUUGUCAAAAUGGAAAACUAUCCUAGAAAUUAGUGCUUGGUAGAAGGACAUAUAUUCUCACUGUAUGUAGAUAGGAGCUUAUUUUCACUGUUCAAGAAUCUCAGGUGCCUCAGUUUCAAAUAUUUGCUCAGUUUUGGGGAAAUAAGGAAAUACAUGUGAAUGUACAUGUGAGGAAGAGUGGAAGUUCUGGGGAAAGGCCUGGUAAUUGUAAGCAGGAGUAGAUGGCUGUAAGUAAAAAGAUAUGCACCAGAACACAGAGAAAGUCAGUUCAACAAAAAUUGGCUUUGAGAGUAAGAUGCUCUUUUAUAAAGUAAGGAUCAGAGCUUGAUUGUGCAGGAGAGCUUGCUUAUAAGUGUUAUUUGUUUUCAGAUCGGUUAAUUUAUAAAUAAGUAAGAUAAUUAUCCCCUUUAUCCCCCCAACCAUUUUUAUUUUAUUUUUACUCUGUAGCCAUGGCUAGCCUGGAACUUAAUAUGUAGACCAGAUUGGCCGUAACCUCUAAGAGAUCUGCAUGCCUUAGCACCCCCACUUGCUGAGAUUAAUGGUUUGCUGCCUACCCCAUUUUUUUAUACAGUUAUAAAAGUUCAAGUUGUUUUUCGUCUUUCUUUCAUAAGCUUUCCCGUACAAUUGAAUGUAGUAAGUUAUCAUUAUAUUGUUACUCGCAGUGCUUUGGUUAAAUGUGGAUGUGAUGAAGAAAGACUUAGGAAUUAUGCAGUUGUCAGAACAGUGGUGGUAAAGAGAAACUGAGGAAUGACUUGCUUGCCCUUAGCAGUAGGUAGUGCUGCAGGCCUUGUUCAUUUGCUGACCUGGUUCUUCCAAUUUCCAUAAAAUGCAAUUAGACUGCCCCAGACAGAAAGCGUGUGUUUUGGUGGGUGGCUGUGGAGCCCUGUGUACCUUAAAAUGAAAGACUUUUAGAUUGUUGCCUCUUUUUAACUGUUUUGUUAGUCAUUGUAAAUUCUAAAUGGUUAACAUAAAGUGUAUUACGUAGCAGAGUAUAUUUUUAAUGUGUAUUUCAGACUGAAUUACUACCUGUAUUAUCAGGAUGGAUGAAGCACUACAAUCUCUUAUCAGAAAAUAGAAAUAUGGAUAUUUAUAUUUUGCAUAUGUAAUCACUAGAUUCCAUUUUAUGUAAUGAGCAUUUUCCUUGCUUAUGGGGAAAAAUAGCAAAACAACAGAUUUCUUUUAUAACUUUGUCUACACCCUCUCCGAGAGAGGUUUUGCUAACCACUGAAAUGGUAGAUUUUGUGAGAUGCAGAUUCUAAGUUGUUGAACUUUCUUUUAAAAUGAAUAAGUGUGUACCUUACCAUCCAAGUGAGAGGUGACUGUCAGAGCAGUUCUCUUUGGAACACUGUUUAUUUCAGUUAUUUUUAGAACCUUGUGGGUGCUUUGAGAAUUGGCUAUGACUAUGUAAGAAAAACCAAUUUUUUAUUGCACAAAACCAAUUUUUGUAGAACCUAUAUUAACUACAGAACCAAAACAGUAUGGAAAGCAAGAGACUAUGUUAGGCUCUAAUCUGUGGAGAAGAGGACUACAGACAUUAUUAACGGCAUUGCAGAAGAGAAGACUAGGUUCAUGAGGUCUAUUUAAACACAAAAUAGAAUUUCAAAACCCAGAAUUUUGUUUUUAUUUUUUUAUAAUUUGCUUUAUAUUUUUUGCCUCCUUUUUCUUCAAAACUUUUGAGUUGUGUAGGAUAUUUUGAUUGAGAGGAUAGAUGGAACAGUGGAUCCAGUACUUAAACAGCAGUUUAAAGACACAAAACCUUUAUUUAUCUCCAUUUAUUUUGAACAGGCUUUUCUUUCAGUUUGACAUUAAUGAAAGACGAGAUUGAUAUACAGGGAAAUUGGUAUGAAUUUUAUUAAAUUUGCCAAGUUUUAGCAUACAUAUCAUUAAUAGCAUUUAAAAUUAUUUAAGUAUUCAGCACAGAUCAUUUAUAACAUUAAAUUCUGAUUGUCUUUUGAAAAUAUUCCAGACCAAAAGUUUAUUUUUAAUUUGGAAUGUGACUGCAUCCUAGGAAGACAUCUUAUUUUGGAACUGUCUUGAGCUAUUAAAGUGCAUGUUAGGUGUAAGCUCAGCUCAGUCUUCAAGCAUCCUUCCUAAUGUACUUAGAGUGUCAGGGUUUUUGCCAUAAUGCUGAGAAUGGACCACAGGAGCUCCUGUUCCCAGCGGGACUAUAUGUGAGGUGAUAAAUGAUUGAUUAGAGGUCUGUUUCUAGAUCUUAUAACAAAGUUCAAUGUUAACAAACAUGCAACAAAAUUCUGAAUGCAAGUAACUUGAAUUUUUAAGGCUUUCUUAAGUUAUUCUGUAAGAAUUCAUUUGGAUGAUAUGACUGCUCUCUGUCUACCACUCAUAUUGUAUUUAUUUGUAUUCUGACAAAAGAGAAAGAAUACAGAUUAAAAUAUUGGGCCCUCAGUAUGGUAAGAAUUCUUCCCUUCCACUCCCUCUCUUCCUUCCUCCCUCCUUUCUCUCUUGCAUAUAGUGCUACAGUAGAAACAUGCAGUAAGCAAAAUCACUGGCCUUUCCAGAGUUGUAUAUUCCCACUAGCGUCUGUGUCGUAUGCGCACACACCUACCUGCUCACAUGCACUCACGGCUGAUUUUACUGUUCAUCGUGGUUAGAGACUUUGCAGCACUGUUGACAGGCAGGUUUUCUCUUGUCUGGUUGACAGGUUCGUUAGGUCACCAAAGUUGCAGUUAUUGGUGAUGUAAUGUUUCAACUUUUUAAUUUUUUCUUUCAUUAUUAUUUCUGUAGGUGGAUAUUUCUUUUUAGUUUUGCAUAAAUUAUUUGUUUCUCAAACAGAUGUAUUGGUUGUAAAAUAGAUUAGUACAUUUUCAUUUGAGAACACUUUUCUUCUUAAAUUGUCCUUCAGAAAUGACUAUUUUUAGGGAAAAUAGUUUUUUACAGCUACUAAAUUAUAUUUGUUAUUUUUGUACAUGCAUAACCAGGGUGGUGAAAUCACUAAUAUUUUAGGGAAUACUUUUGUUAUAUUUGAUUUUUUCCUAUACAUUUAAGUUAUUACUUAAAAUUAUUGGUAGAAAUAGUGUCAUGAAGACAGCAAAUAUAAGGAACACUUAAAGUUGGAAUAGAAAUCAUUUCUGAAGAGGGAAAUCAGAAAUACUGCCAGUGCCAAGUAAUGGAAGCAGAAUGGCAGCAUUGGAAUUGUGCAAUUGCUUAAGAUACGCAUGGAGACAUGAGUCUGUUCUUGUGAAGGGGACAGGCUCUCUAGGAAGGUAGUUAGAUGGGACAAAAAUGGCCUAAAGUAUGAAAUGCAACGUAGGCGCCAUAUUGUAAAUUGUGCCAAGAUUAUGCAAAGUGUAGUUAUUGAUCAAAGCUUAAUUGCUUCACUAUUAUUAUUUUAAAGGAAAUACUGAGUGUCAGAAAAUCUGUAAUAUGGUUUUUUGAGCGAUGUAAAUAAUGUGUACAGUCUUAUAUGUGGUGGAAUGGGAGGUAUUUAAAUUCUAGGUUUUUUGUUUUAGAAGAAAAUGUUUAUAAGAAAAAAACCCUAAUAAAUAGUUACGUUUGGCCAUCAA